UCUUUUUUUUUUUUUUUCCAAAAAUCAUCCUUUUCAAGUUUUGUUUGCCAUUAAUUUAAUAUCCGUCAUGACUAUCACCGAAAGACGAAAAUGGUGGAAAGAGGGUGUGGUCUACCAGAUCUACCCAGCGAGCUUCAAAGACUCUAACGGAGACGGUAUUGGUGAUAUUCCAGGGAUUAUUUCAGAGCUGGAUUACAUCCAAUCCAUUGGUGUGAACAUCAUUUGGAUCUGUCCAAUGUACGAUUCACCGCAGGUUGACAUGGGUUACGAUAUCAGCGACUACGAGAACGUGUACCCGCCGUACGGCACUCUCCGAGACAUGGAGGUUCUCAUCGCCGAGACGCACAAGCGGGGAAUGCGCAUCAUUCUUGAUCUAGUGAUCAACCACACCUCAGACCAGCAUAAAUGGUUUCAAGAAUCCAGAAGCUCCAAGACGAAUCCGAAACGGGACUGGUAUAUAUGGCGGCCGGCGAAGUACGUGAAUGGAGUACGAAAGCCGCCUAACAAUUGGCGUGGAAACUUCGGUGGAAGUGUCUGGCAGUGGGAUGAGCACACGCAGGAGUAUUAUCUGCACCUCUUCUGCCCGGAGCAGCCUGAUCUUAAUUGGGAGAACGAGGAAACUCGUCAAGCUAUAUACAAGUCAGCCAUGAUAUUCUGGCUUGAUAGAGGAGUCGAUGGCUUCCGCGUGGACACUGUGAACAUGUACAGUAAAGGUACUGUCAUGGCCGAUGCUCCCAUCACAGAUGUCACCAGCGAGUGGCAAUGGGCUGGUUACGAAUACUGCAACGGACCACGAAUGCACGAGUUCCUGCGGGAAAUGAACGAGAUACUCGUCAGAUACGACGCUAUGAGUGUCGGGGAAUGUCCAAACACUCCAGACCGCGACCGUGUCCUGAGCUAUGUGAGUGCGUCACAAAAGCAGUUGAACAUGGUCUUCCAAUUUGAUGUCGUAGACAUUGGCAUGGGCCCACACAAGUACCAAACAACACCGUUCAAUUGGAAACUUUCGGCAUUCAAACAAGCGAUAGCUAACACACAGAGUCUUAUCAAAGGCACCGAUGGCUGGACCACUGCUUUUCUCGAGAACCACGAUCAGGCACGAUCCAUCUCGCGCUUUGCUUCUGAUGCACCCGAGCAUCGUGUUGCGAGCGGCAAGAUGCUCGCCCUGAUGUUGAUGGCCAUGUCUGGAACUCUGUUUAUUUAUCAAGGCCAAGAGCUCGGGAUGAUUAACUUCCCCUUGGAAUGGGGUAUAGAGGAGUACAAGGACGUUGACUCAUUGAAUUACUACGAUCUUGUGGAUAAACGAAGCAACGGGAAUCCGACAGAACUUGCUAUUGCCAAGGUGGCCCUUCAACAUCUCGCACGAGACCAUGCAAGAGUUCCUAUGCAGUGGGAUGGCACAAAGAACGCAGGCUUUACAACAGGUAAGCCAUGGAUGCGUGUGAAUGACGACGCUUGCGUUUGCAAUGCCAAGCAGCAGUCAGAGGAUCCUUCCUCGGUGCUAGCAUUCUGGAAGAAGAUGCUGGCUCUGCGCCGAGAACACAACGACUUAUUCGUGUACGGCGAUUUUGAUGUCGUUGACCCGGAAGAUGACAAUCUCUUCGCUUUCACAAAACAAUGGCAUGCCAGCAAGGCCUUUGUUGUGUGCAAUUUUUCAAAAAAGGAACAGACAUUUGAAUUACCUAGAGAGUUGAAGGGAGCAAAAUUGCUGGUGAGUACGCUGGAUUGCUCCGAAGGGUACAAUCUGCAGCCGUACGAAGGGCGUGUUUAUUUAAUUUAAUUGCUCGACUUAAAUUGCUCGACAAGUUGCGGGAGGAGUUGCAAACUACAUUGUCGGGGAAAUUGCGCUAGCCAAAACCAGGUUUGCUCAACCUGAUCUGAGACAACAAAAGACAAAGAGAUGAGACGAAAAAGAGAAGUCAGAGCACACUAGAUUAUACUGUAGCAUAUCCUCCACGGGAGUCGAGGUAAUGACAUUUAAUGAAGGUGGGAAUUGGUAUCUCCUAGA